UGAGGACCGAAAUCCCAAGAGCGGCCGUGAGAUACUCAACAGAUAAAAGCAGCACUCUUUUUCUUCUUUUUGUGAGCAAGCGACGGGAUCGUCCCAUUCUCGACGCUCCUCGAAAUCCUCAUCUUCUUCCCCCCUCUGUAACGCCCCGCUUCUCUGAAUCCCUUUCUGUGACCAUCUGUCUUUCAAGUUAUGAUUUUUGGGUUUGUAUUCGAUUUAAAGAUAAAACAAACUUAGAAGGAAUUCUCGAAAGCCGGGUGUUUCCAGAAUCGAGAUCAGGUUUUUCUUUUUUAUUUUGAUUAUUCUCCUAAUUUCUCGGUAAAUUUUCAAUCUUUCCCUUCUCUGAAUCGACCGGGAGAGGUUUUUUUUUUUUUUUUUUAUCCCUCAGAGCUCUGCUUUCGAUUCCCAGGAUCAGGGGUUGCGUAUUUUAAACCUCUAUCCUCCUUUCUUGUGUAAAGAUUUUAUAUUUGUUAAUUGUGAGACGCAGGUUGAAUUUUAUCUAAGAUCUGCGUAUCUCGUAGAAAUUAUGGCAGCUAACAUGGACGUCUGCAGCAACACAGAGAUUCAGUCGGAUCCCUUCAAAGGAGAGCUAAUGGAAGCUCUCGUGCCUUUCAUGAAAAGUGCAUCCGCAACAUCCUUGCCCUCUCCGCACACUGCUUCCAACAUAUUCCUAAAUUCCCAACCUCCCUCUUCCAACUUGUUCCAUUCCUCUCCUUCCAUCCCUGAGCAGCCCAAUUUGUAUGCAGACGGUUGCUCGCCAUCGAUGACCCAUGUAUUUGCCGACGGGUUAUUCAACAGCCAAAGCUUUAUUGGCUUCGGGCAGCCGGCUCCUUUUCUUGGGCUCCACAACCAGACUCUGUCUCAGACUAACCAGAUUCAACCUCAGAUCCAUGACCAGAACCCUCGAAACAUGAUCUGGCAGCAAAAUACUCUCAGCAUAUUGAGCCCCAAACCUAUUCCCAUGAAGCAGGCGGGCGCGCCUUCUAAACCCACCAAGCUGUACAGAGGAGUCAGGCAGCGGCAUUGGGGGAAAUGGGUGGCCGAGAUCCGACUACCGAAGAACCGUACCCGACUCUGGCUCGGCACCUUCGACACUGCCGAAGAAGCUGCCCUCGCCUACGACAGGGCCGCUUACAAGCUUAGAGGUGACUUUGCCAGGCUCAACUUCCCCAACCUCCGACACCAAGGUUCCUGCGUUGAGGGCGAAUUCGGGGAGUACAAGCCUCUGCAUUCCUCCGUGGAUGCAAAGCUUCAAGCAAUUUGCGAAAGCAUGGCUGAUAUGCAGAAACAGGGGAAGUCGGAGAGACCGAAGAGGUCUUUGGGGCGGUCCCGAGUGGGUUCUACAGCUGCUCGGCCGCAGACAGUAAUGCAGUCGGAUGAGCAGCCGGUCGGCGGUGAAGCUGAUUUUAAGGGUUCGGAGAACUCUUGCAACAAGUUGGAGACUUCCUCGUCUCCAGUGAUAACUGAGAGUGGGGAAUCUGGUGGUUCAUCUCCUCUGUUAGAUUUGACUUUCGGCGAUGUCAGUGAGCCUCAGUGGGAAAGUAUGGCAGACAUUUUUAAUCUGCAGAAGUACCCAUCUGAGAUCGACUGGGCAUCCUUAUGAAAGCAUUUAGCUAGUUUAUUCGCACAGUCAACUGUUUUUCUAAUGAGUCUUCCUGGCAUAGAUAGUAUAUUAGUAGGCUUUAGGGAUUCAGAGGGCUCCUGCAAUUGAGUUUUUUCGUAAUUGCAGGGCUGCUCCUAGGAUUUGAUUAUUGGAUUUAUGCUCCUCCCCCCCCCCCCUUAGAUCUUUUGGCUAAGUUGAUUUUCCUGUUAAUUCUGUUGAUAUUUUGUAAAUCUCUGCCUUGGUCGGCUGGUUUUUGUCAUGCUUGGCCUCGGAGAAGAAAAUAUUAAUGCCUUGAUUGAAUUA